UGACUGUUACUGAAAAGUGAACAUCUGUCCAUUCAUUCCUGUGAGUCUGUGAAGGACAUGACGGGUUUCUGAACAUUCAAUUAAAAAUGCUUGGCGCUCUCCUCCUCCUGGCCUUCGCCGCCGGUCGCUGUGCAGCCGAUGUUGGGGAUUUCACCCCAUGCCUGCAGUUCUUCUACAGAUCCUGGCCUCCUAAAGGUUUGGCCGGAACCCCGAUCUGCCAGCGUUAUUACAACCAGCACCACUUCGCCACGCUGUACAGCCGACCUCGCCGCUCGCCCUGGUUCUCGGCUUAUUUGUACUCUGUUCCCACCGGAAAGAGGCCUUCAGCGUCCUGGAAGUUUGAGCCACAGUUGGCGUAUCCAGGAGCUGAUGGCAACAUGGUCCCAUUCCCACCGGGCCCUCCAGACCAGAACGUGGUGGAAAGCCAGGCGGUAGAUCUGGACUACAUCAACUCCACCUACUCUCGUGGCCACCUGAACCCUAGCCUUCACCACCAGAGGUACCAGGCCCGGUCUGCCACCUUCACCCUCACCAAUGUGGUUCCGCAAAAGGUGGGAUCCAACGACGGGCCCUGGGAACUCCUGGAGCAGAACGUCAACAAGACCUUAGCAGCCUACUGUCUCGGGAAGGCGUACAUGGUGACUGGCGUCAUCCCGUACCGGGGGGACGAGCACUGGCUCAAGAAUCACCGUGUGGCGGUGCCGGAGUAUCUUUGGUCCACCUACUGCUGCCCCAACUACAACCACAGUCUCCCAAAUUGGCUGAGCAACACCUUUCCGACGUACGCUGCCAUCGGACGCAAUGACCCCAACAGCACCGAGGAGAUUGUACCAGUCAACAAGACGGCUAAGAAGCAGUACAGAGGGUACGAUGUGAGACGGAUGUCGCUGGAAACACUAGAGAUGUACCUGAAGGACAGGUUUAACACUGUCGUCAGCGUUUUCUACGAGCAGUGUGUCGGAUCAGACUGACCCUGCACAGUUGAUGUGUUGUGGAAACCUGCUGUACCUGACCUUAAAAACAUGAAAACACUG